AUGCUGUUUCCAUCCACGCAACCACCACACAUACCAUCAUCAACUGCUGAUUCACAAUACGAUACAACAACAGGUUAUUCAUCAUCGUCUUAUACACGAUGGCCACGAUCACUUGGUAAAUCUUCUACUGCAACUAGGACUAGUACUUCUACAUCAGGUCGACGUCAUCAGUAUCCAAACGAACAACAUUCAGAUAUUUUACAUUAUCAACAUACGCGAGCGCAACCACCUAUCUAUUCAGAACUCAGUCCGCGGCGAUCACUAAUAAAUAAUAUUUUACCGUAA